AUGCAUUCAUCAACCCUGCUUUCAACAAGUAUCCUUGUCACCGCCACGCUCGCAGCAAACACAGCAAAAGCAGUGCACUUGCCCUUAAAUCGCCGGGAUAAGUCCACGGCACUCACAUCACUCAACGGUACAACACCAAUCACAGCGACAUCAUUCGGAUCCGUCUUCGACACGGAGGUAAAAUUUGGCGAUCAAACCUUCCAACUUUUCAUCGAUACCGGCAGCAGCGACACCUGGGUCGUGCAGAAAGAUUUUCAAUGUGUGAAUCGCACGUCGGGGCUCGACCUCCCACGAGAUGCCUGCCUCUACGGACCCUCAUCAUAUGACCCUUCCAAGAGUGCCGGCUAUGAGGAAAUCCCCGACGAAAUCUUCGGUAUCCAGUACGGCGACGGCAUUGCGUCCGGACUGAUGGCAUAUGAGAACAUCACCCUCGCAGGGAUGACCGUCCGACAGAAAGUCGGCCUCGCCAACGUCAGCACCCCAAUGGGCGACGGCAUCAACUCCGGCCUAUUGGGGAUCGGAUAUCCGGCCCUGACAUCUGCACACCCAGGUCCAUUCCAAGACAACACGACAUACUGGUUCAAUAGGCUACCAUACGACCCCCUGUUGUUCACCAUGGCGGAUCAAGGCCUGAUCGAACCAUACUACAGUCUCGCAAUCGCGCGCACACCUCAGAACUCAACGACCGGCUUCGGCGGCUAUCUCACGCUCGGCGGGCUCGCACCGGUGAAUCACAGCGCCGAGUGGGCGACGCUCCCCGUCGAGAUCCACGAGACUAUUCCAGAGAACUUCACGAGUGGGAAGCACGUCAUCUCUUACUGGACGACGACGAUCGACGGCUUCAAGUACGGACCUGCAUCAGCCAACACUCAACGUGAAAACUCAAACCUCACCACCGACACGACACGCACACAAGUAUUCUUCGACAACGGCAACCACUUCAGCUUCUUCCCCGACGCGGUCCUCGCACCCAUCAACGCGCUGUUCGAACCGCCUGCCGUCUGGAACGCCGAGCUGUCCAUCUACGUCUUGCAGUGUGACGCCGUCGCACCGACGUUUGGGAUCACGCUUGCGAACCAGACGUUCUUCCAUGACGGGCGUGACCUCGUAUAUCAGACGGAGGAGGGGAUCUGCGUCUCGAAUCUUGUUCCGUCCGAGACGGUCGGGAUCGACGGCAUUACCUUGAACAUCGUCGGGGCUGGAUUCUUCAAGAACGUGCUUGGAGUCUUUGACUUUGGGAAGAAUGAAAUGCGCUUUGCGAGUUUGGUGGGUGAGGUUGUGGAGGGGCUGGAGGGACAAGGCCAGGGUGGACCGGAUGGUCAGGCCGAGUCUCCCAAUAAUGGUACAGGGACUGCUCAGGGGAAUGCUGCUUCCAGCGUCGCUGGAAAUAUGAUCGCAACCGGACUUGGGGUCUGUUUCAUGUCGCUCAUGGUGGCAUUGUGGUAG